AUGGAAUCUAUGGCACUAAAUUACGAAAACCUGGUCGAUUAUGCCUGUUUCUACGACCCUAUUAAAGACGUUCAAGUCGGUCCCGCAAACCAGGAGCCGCGGGACGUCAGCCAACCUGGACGCCUGGUCGAAUCUCUAAGGAGAAACAUUCUCUCCUAUCGAGUAAGCAUCACAUUGAAAAUGCUCCAAAAGCCUCAAACACGCAUCAUCCUAAGUGGCGCAAUGAGGCGCGCAUGUUUCUUUGGGGUUUGCGCCGCACAACCCCUGCUGCUGCUACUCCAAAAAGAACGACCAACACUCACACAGGAAGUUCAUACAAACAGCGCCCACCCCCUCUUCUUUAGUAACUCGGUAGGGGAAACAAUCCAAUGGUGUCGCUGGCAUCUGACUACAGUUGCACUAAGCAGCUGUGCUGCACUUUGGGAUCCACCAAAGUGGUUCCUUCCCAAGCUGACCAAAGAUAUAGAUGUGACUGUGCCUCACCCUUUUGUUCCCAUCCCAAGGUACCCAAGCUGCGAUGAUGAUUUAAAGCGCUUUACCUCAAUACACUGGAUGUUUCUAGUUUUUGAGCUGUACUUGAUCAACUGGCUCUUUCUUUAUAACAUCUGUAGCAACCAAGGUUUUACUGCCACAAUCAACUCUCUUCAGCCAACUUCAGCCACCUACAUCGGUGCCAGAAAGGCGAGUUUCCGGAUUAAGUCGUCCGUGCUCGUUGUCACUGAAUUUGUCCAAGGGCGAGAAGAUGAACAGUACUCUAAGCGCUUCAAGGCGAUAUAA